AUGACCGCAAAAGAAUUUGAGGAGCUUGUCCUCAAUGGCCACAACUACCCUACAUGGGCCAUGGACGUCAAGAUCAGCCUUGCUUCCCGUGGGAUAGCACGUGCAAUCCAGGAUCCGGAGACUCCUCUACCGGUCGGAACCACGCCGCUAACUGAACAGCAAAACUAUGCAACUUUAUACAUUAUAAGGCACCAUAUUCACCCAGAUCUAAAGUCUGAGUACUUAGAGGAGGAAUCUCCCAGUACUUUGUUUCUAGCCCUUAAAACGAGAUAUGAACAGCAGAAGGCAGUUGUCCUGCCAGAAGCGCUCCAUGAUUGGACUCACCUUCGUCUUCAGGAUUUCAAGUCCAUCAGUGAGUACAACCACAAGGUUCAUAAGAUAAGUUCCAAACUACGCUUUUGCGGGAAGGAACCUACUGAUGCGGAGAAAAUAGAGAAAACUUUAUCUACUAUGCUCCCUUCAGACAGGAUCCUCCAGCAGCAAUACCGUGCUCGCAACUAUACUGUCUAUUCCGAGCUUAUUCAUAUGUUACUUCAGGCUGAAAAGCAUGAUGAGCUACUCGCUAAGAAUGGCUCUCAACGCCCAGUUGGGGCACAACCUCUACCCGAAGUUCUUAUGAAUGUCGCGAAUAGACAGAAGUUUGAUGGUGCCUUUAGGGGCAAUCAAUCAAAUUUCCAGAACAAGCGAAAGCGCAUUAGGAAUAGGAGGUCUAGGAACUCAGACAAGGGAAAAGGCACUGCAAAGCCCAAGCAUGAUAAAUCUCUACUUUGCAACAAGUGUGGAUGCUACACGCACCCCACCGACAAGUGCAAGAUCCCAAAACAUCUGGUUAUGUUGUACCAGCAAUCUCAGGGACGCAAAGCACCUCAAGGGAAGAGGUUUGAAGCCAACUUCAACCUUCAUCCGGACAGCGCCAAUGGAGCCGGUAGUUCGCAUGACGUUCCUCCUGAACCGAGCAACACCAUCGAGUUCCAUCAGCCAGAGGACCUUGCUGACACGGAGAACAUGAUGAUUGAGUAUACCUCAAACGACACGUUUGGAGACUUCGACUAG